AUGAGAAAAAAAAUUGUGGUAAUUACACAUAACAUAUUUGUUAAAGGAAGUUCCUUUUGUAUCAAGCAAAGAAAAUGGGAACAUCCUUUUUUUGGUAGGAAACAAAACAUUGCUACUAACAUUUCAGAAAAUAAAGAAAUAAAGAUUAAAGAUAUUGGGGAUAUAAAAUUAAAAAGUGUGAAAAAAAAUAAAAAUAUUAUAAAGGAUGAAAAUAAUGAUGAAGAUGUAUAUAUAAUGAAUGGGAAAAUACAAUAUGCGCAAAAAAGUAAAAAAGGAAAAAAUGAAUUAAAAACAAAACAUCCACAUAAAAAAAUAAAAUCGUCAGACAAUGCGAAUAGUGUAUUAUAUACUAAGUUCAGCGAUAGUGUGAAGAAGAAUAACAUAAAAGAAGUCGAUGAAAUAAAUUUAAAGGUAAACAGUUUUGAAGGGCUAAAAGUAGGAAAACUUAAUACUGAAGAGAAAAAAAUACAAGUCAAAAGGUGUCUGAAUGACAACACCAAAAUUAAUGAUAAUCAUAGUAAUGUAGUACCUAUAGUAGUUAAAGAUAAUGGUAACGUAAGUAAUAGCCUACUUAAGAAUACUAUAUCAGAAUACUCCACUACUCAUGAUGAGGAAUAUAAAGCCGUUCAAUGUGAAAAAAUAAAACCAGUUGAUUUUUAUUCCAAGAAACAGAGUAAUGAACCACUGUGCAGGUAUGAUUUGAAGAACGAUGAUAAUUUUUUUACACGUAACCAUGAAGUAGAAGCUCAAUCAGGUAGUAUUGCUCACAUGAAUAGUACUUCCCAUAUGAGUAGUACCUCCCACAUGAGUAAUACUUCCCACACGAGUAAUACUUCCCACACGAGUAAUACUUCCCACACGAGUAAUACUUCCCACACGAGUAAUACUUCCCACACGAGUAAUACUUCCCACACGAGUAGUACUUCCCACACGAGUAGUACUUCCCACACGAAUGUUUCAAAAAGUGAGAGUGAAAGAAACUGCGGGAAGGAUGAGAAGGCAAGGAAAAGUCAAGGCACAAGUGAAGCAAAUAGCACGAGUGCAAACCAAAAUGUAGAUACAAAUAUUCCUCAUAAAAACAACAGUAAUAAAAUUGUUAAACAUGAUAUAUAUGAAGUGUUAAAUGAAAUUAAUCUGGAAAACAAUAAAAAAGAAAUAGAAAAUUUUUUAAAUUCAUUUUUAUUAUAUAAAAAUAAAAACUCAACUAGUAUAAUAGGAAAUUAUAUAAGUUUAUAUUUCUGUAAUAUACUAAGUGAAGAUUUAAAAGAUUUAAAAUAUACAUAUUUUGAUGGGGUAAAAUUAUGUGUUAACACAUUUUUUAGUGCUCUAAAGGAGUUAGACGAAGAUCAAUUAUCAAAAAUGACAAAUAUUUAUUUAGAGGAAUAUUUUUUAAAAAUAUUUCGAAUUUUAAAAACACAUAACAUAAAUUUCCAAUUUGAUAACAUAGAGAUAGAGAAUAUGAAAUUAUUAUAUGUGUACAACAUAUUAGGGUUAGUUAGAAAUGCAGGUAAAAGAACAAAAAAGGAAAAUAUAAAAAAGUUUUUAUAUCAAUAUAUAUGUGUAGAAAAUAAGGAUCUAGCUCAAUUAAAAAGUAGUAACAAAAUGAAAUUCUUAUCAAAUAUAAUAAAAAAUGGGGUAACAACUCGUAUGCACAUGUUAGUUACAUUGUCUUAUGACAUGUGUUCAUUUAAUACCGUUUCGUCCGAUUGUAUUACAAAAACAAAAUUUAAAAAUAUAAAUCUGGAAUUCAUAUUUGAAAAUCAAUUGGAAAAUCCUUUUUUCUCGUUACAUUCCCCCGAUUCUAUUGAUUUGAAAUCAUCGGGAUGGUAUCUGGUUGACGUGAAUCAAAUAUUAAACGGAAAUUUACCGUACGAAUGA